AGCCUGUGCAUCGAGAACAGCUGCAUCGCCGCCCACGAUAAGCGGGGAAGGUACGGAACCCUGUUCACCAUGGACCGGGUGCUGACCCCCCCAAUGGGGACUGUCAUGGACGUCUUGAAGGGAGACAAUCGUUUCAGCAUGCUGGUAGCUGCCAUCCAGUCUGCUGGGCUGACAGAGACCCUCAACCGGGAGGGGGUCUACACAGUCUUCGCACCCACAAAUGAAGCCUUCCAAGCCAUGCCACCAGGAGAGCUGAACAAACUCUUGGGAAAUGCCAAGGAACUUGCCAACAUCCUGAAAUACCACGUUGGCGAUGAAAUUCUGGUUAGCGGAGGCAUCGGGACCCUGGUGCGGCUCAAGUCUCUCCAGGGUGACAAACCGGAAGUCAGCUCAAAAAACAACGUAGUGAGUGUCAAUAAGGAACCUGUAGCUGAGACCGACAUCAUGGCCACAAACGGCGUGGUCUAUGCCAUCACCAGCAUUCUGCAGCCUCCAGCCAACAGACCUCAGGAACGAGGGGACGAGCUUGCAGACUCUGCACUUGAGAUCUUCAGACAGGCAUCGGCAUAUUCCAGGGCUUCCCAGAGAUCUGUGCGACUAGCCCCUGUCUAUCAGAGGUUACUAGAGAGGAUGAAGCAUUAAGCUGAAAGACCACAGGAGGAACAUACCUCAGCAGCUCCCCACUGAUUUCUCUCAGUUUGCCAAAGAGACUGUUUAUUUGUAAAACCAAAUAUCACACUUCAAUGUACAUGGGCCGAACCACAAUGAGAUCUGAGCCUUGGGUGGGGGGGGGGAGGAAGAGAGAUGUACUUUAUUAUUUUUUGUUCCCCCUAAACAUGGCUGUUAACCCAUUACAUGUAGAAAUGUAGAUGUCACUGUCUGACAUUCACUUCCAGAAAAGACUGUCCCAAACAUGGAAUUUCCUGUAUAUGUCGAGUGCCUGGAAAAGGGAGCUGCAGUAUUGUGGAGCUCACAAAAUAUAAAUCAAGAAAUCCAAUGUUAGGGAAGCCCAGGCAUGGUUUUGUAAAGUUGCUGCACAGCUGGAGAAAUGGUAUCACUAUAAGCUAUGAGUUGAACUGUUCUGUCAAAUGUGUCUUGCAUCUCUACGUGGCUUGGAUGCUCCUAUGUGGCCCUGUUCAGGUAGAAAAGAAAGUGUAUGUAAAGCAGGUAGACUCCAAGUUUUCUGAGUGUGACAGAGCCAUGGUGUGUUUGUAAUAAUAAAACCAAAGAAAUGUA